CACGUCAGAGGAAGGGACAAGAAGGGGCAAAACUGGAGGAGUGGAGGAGAGAGAAGAAAUGUUGAGAAGCCAGGAAGAGAUGGCGAACAAAGCAGCUAACUUUCCAAGAAAAUGACUUUAUUUAUUGUUUAUAUCCCCUAAUCUCACCUAAACAUCAUAUUAUUCUAUCCAAUCUUAUGACUUCAAUCUCCCGUUCUCUCCCAGAAUCAGAACAUCUCAACCAAAUGCUGCCCUGAUUUAUUUCUCAAACAUCAAGGGACAUAAAAUAAUGAAUCUUUGCUAUUAACAUGCAAGUUGUGGGGUAUCUCAAUUACUGAGUUAUCAGGAAAUAUUUGAAACGAGGGCACUAGGCAACAACAAUUGUACAUUACACAAGGGAGUGGUUAAAUAGUUUGGAGAUGACUGAGUUCAAUGCUAGGAAUUCCCAUCCAAAUGAGAAGAAACCCUUGCAGUGUUCAGUAUCUAUUCUUCAAGGGAAGAUACCCUCAGAAAAGGAUACAGGCACUUCUGUAUUUGUAAAUCUUGGUAUUAUAAUUUAUAACACUUUUUUUCCCUAUGAGAUUGUGGUAUUGAUGGUUAUCUAUGGUAUCCAGUACUGUAGUUCUGAAUUACAUAGAGCUACAAAUUUUACUUGCAUGUUAUUUCUAUGACUGUAGCCCACAAUCUGGGUUUUCUAUGAAAUCAUUUUUAUCAUCUGUUAUCCUGUAAUCAUUUAUUAGUGCUGUAUUUUAAUAAACAAAGGAAAGGUGUGGGGAGAAAAAAAAAAAGAGAAGAAAAGAAAAAUAUGACUAGGAACAAUGGUUGGCCUGGUUGGAAGAAGGUAAAUGUUAUGUGUUUUGGUUUCCUAAUGUACAUGCAAUCAUAUUGACUCAGAAUUAGUUAUAUUUUCCAAUGGAACCUGAUAAAGGUUCAGUGUAGGCUGUUGUUUCUUAGACAUCUGCUUGUGUUUGUCAGCCUGAUACAUCUUUGGUCUACCACCAUAUGAUAUAAAUAAAUAAUGUUCUGGUUUUAAUACUGGUACUGUGAGUGACAGUUCUUUAUAGGGUACAUUUGGUUGUAUAUAUUUCCUUUGUCUUUUCACCAUAUAGUUAAGAUCUAAUAUCGUUUUCAUUGAACAUAAUUGGUUGGAUCUGUUUUGUAGCUGCCUGUGCUUGGCAUGAAAGUAGAAAAAGUUGGGUUGGAGAUCAAUCACAAAGGCCAAAAAAGAUAACUAAGGAUCCAAUUAUAAGCUGGACAACAACAUAUGAGGAGCUUCUCUCUACCAAUGAGCCUUUCUCUGAGGCAAUCCCUCUAGGGGAGAUGGUAGACUUUCUAGUUGAUAUUUGGCAUGAUGAGGGUCUCUUCGAUUAGAUAAUCAAAUAAUGGAUGAGUAGCAGGAUGGAAAUUAACUGGUGAAGAAUACAGAACUUUCAUAUAACCAAAUAUAUAUAUAUAUAUAUAUAUAUAGAUAAAAUAAAAUCAUCCACUGAUUCAACCAUUUUUUGGUGGUAUGAAGUUCUGCAAACUUGCUUACCAGCAGUAGAUCAGGAUUUCUUUCGCCGAUUCCCACUGUAGUUACUGAUUGCAGUUUUGACUGAACAUGAAUAGAAAAUUUUCUUGUAUCAGAAAUUCAGAACCUUUUAUCAUCUUAUGAGAACCGGGUUCCAUGAAAAUCCAGAACCCUUCUGCCAUAUUGUUAAGGGCAGUCCUAUAACAUUCAAGCCAUAACUACCCUUAUCUUUCCCAAAGUCCUAGCAGAUGCCUUUUUGUUAUGUUGUUUCAUUAAUAAGACUUGCUUCUCUGAUUUUGGCAAGCAUUUGCAUUUAUAAGAUAUGUACAUCUCACUUCGGAGAGAUUUGUUCAUCAUUUGAUUUUGAGCUUUCUUUCUUUACUUCUUCUUUUUCAUUUUCUAUAAUAUUAGUGAGUUUUUCUUAAGAAAAGGGAUAUCAUUGG